AUGUAUCCUCAUUCAAACCCAGCUCGCCCUCGUGACGAGCUGUACACGACCAAAGAUUUGAGUAGUAAAGACGCUUCACAAGAGCAGCCGAUUCCUGCUUCGCUCGGAGGGCGACCUCCUCCUCCCCCUCUUGAUGGUACAUCUUACAUUCCGAAUGCCAGAACGAAGGAAGAAAAUCAAAACAACCAAGAUUACUCAUUCAACCUGAUGCUGUUAGAACAGCAGAACGUCGCCCGACGAAACGCCGCGAUGGCUGCGUCACAGGCCAGUGGAUACCAAAGGCCACUCGAUCCUAACAUCCCUGUCCGUCCUUUCGGGCCAUCGGUAGUCAGUAACCAAAACAUGCCUGGCCCUUUAACGCCGGGUCGUUCUGUUGCUUAUCAAUAUCCCCGAAGCCCAGUGUAUCCCCAAGCCCAUAUCGAUGCCACUUACAGAAUGCAACGGAUUUCGAGUCCACAGUUUGUGAACUCAUACGAUAUGAAUCCGCAGGACUUGAACACUGUUCACUCAGACAUGUACACUCCCCCCAGCCAAGGAAGUGUGUCUCUAUCAGAAGCCAAUGACCUCAAAGCUCAAAUCGCAGCUCUUCGAGACAAGGUCCGGGAGCUGGAAGGAAAACCUGCCCUACCCACAGCCUCAAAGUAUCAGAUCCUUUAUCGAAUCGAGAAAGACGGCACCUAUCCAAGUGAUAAUCACGGCAUGGACGAUAGCGAUGAUGAAUUCAUCCCCAGGCCCAGGCAACCCGGGGCUAGGCCCAGCUCUCCAUGGAUGGGGAUUUAUUCCGACCCCCCUGAGCUCAUCCAUCGAAACAUGGGAGCACCAUAUCUGCGCUGCAAUGAUCCGUUGACCAACUUCGAGCUGUACCUCGCUCUCAACAGAGACAUAUCGUUUGUAGUUUUCCGGAACUACAAAAGAAGGUCCGAGCCGCAGUCACCGAAACAAAAGUAUGGCAAGCCAGAACCAUUCAGCGAGACUAUUUUUCCAGUUUCCGAAGAUCUCAAAGACGUGAUCGCAGGUUUCCUCAGAGGCAAAGAGUUUCGGUCCAUGUAUGGCGACUACCGGGAGACGGGAGAGGUCCAGUCGCCUUAUCUCUUCGUCUACCACAACCGGGGUGCUAGAGAAUUGGAGAUGAAACGAUGGCUGAGCUCUGAGGCGACAAGACAAUUUGACCUCUUCAUGGACUAUGUUCAAGAGGCUUGCGGCAAUGACUACGCUGCAGUAGACAUGCUUUUGGAGCAAGACAAAAUUCGCCCGGAGUACGUUCAAUACCUGUUCAAACCAAAUCAAGUCCUGGUUUCGAACCAAAACAAGGAGCAUAUCGGUUAUCUAGCUAGGGACUGGCCAUCUCGAAGCGUAGACAUCCGUGGCAGCAAUCCUUGUUGGUGGAUCAGUGUCCAGACCUGGGAAUUCGAUGGUGACUUCUAUGAAUCUAAGACUAGGCUCAGUUUUGAGAUGCCAAAGUCACAGCAUGCCAGGGAGAUGCCACCGUCGCUUGAAGCGGAUAAUUUGUCGGAUGAUUCUAGCCGUCUACACCACAGUGACUCAGACGCGGAAUGUUCUAUCACGGACCUUGCGGUAUACCCAAUCAAGUAUGCCCCUGAUGAUCUUUUCCGGAAGCUUCAGCGCCGUGGGGAGAUUUUCUGGACAUUCCGCACACAGAAGUACGUGUCAUAUCAGGCGACCGAGGAAGAGAAUUUCCAAACCAUGGCCGACGACCGAUACAUCAUCGACAUGAAGACAUACAAAAGACUGCAUCCAGACUCGACCGGGUAUUUGGAUCCUGACCCACACAGAAAGACACUGGAUGAACGAGUCAUGGCCAGAGAGCAACCCCCACAAGAGCCUUUCGGCAUGUUGAUGCCUCCGAGGGUGACUGGCUUCAACCUCCGGCGUAAGAAAUGGUUCGAUCUCUCAGUCGACCACGUCUCGCAGGUCGAGUGGAACAAAGACGCCUUCGAGAGUCUAGCCAUCGACUCUAAAUCCAGAGACCUUAUCGAAGCACUGGUGACCAAUCACGUCGAGCCUGAAUACUCUGCCGAUCUGAUCGCCGGCAAAGGAAACGGACUUAUCUUGCUUCUGCACGGCGGGCCAGGAACAGGCAAAACACUGACUGCAGAGAGUGUGGCUGAAAUAGCAGAGAGGCCUCUCUAUCGAGUUACAUGCGGCGACGUCGGCAUCAAGCCAGAGGAGGUGGAGAAGUACCUCGAGUCCGUGCUACACCUGGGCAAGAUCUGGAACUGCGUAGUCCUGCUAGAUGAAGCAGAUGUUUUCCUCGAGCAGCGCGGUCUGGAAGAUCUGAACCGGAAUGCGCUCGUAUCGGCGUUCCUCCGCGUGGUGGAGUAUUUCGAGGGAAUCCUGAUCUUGACCACCAACCGGGUGGGUACCUUCGACGAAGCGUUCAAGUCGCGUAUCCAGCUGGCACUGCACUAUCCACCCCUUGGCGAGGAGCAGAGACGAAUAAUCUGGAGAAGUUUCAUCAAGCGGCUGGAUGGAUUUGAUGAAUAUGCUGUUGAUGUUGAAAAUCUUAUGGGGAGCUUGGAUGUGCUUCAGAAGGUGAAACUGAAUGGUCGGCAAAUUCGGAAUGCCGUUACGACUGCUCGUCAGUACGCGAAGUGGAAAAGGGAGGUCCUCACGUAUGAUCACCUCAAGGAUGUGAUUGAGGUGUCUGCGAGGUUCGAUGACUACUUGGAGGACAUUCACCGCGGUGGUCUCAUGCAGAUUUGA